UGAGUGUUAAAUAAAUCGCGACACGACACGAGUGCAUUUGACGUCGUGAUAUUCAGGUGUGGCCAUUGACUGUGUCGAGUUUGACGGUGGGAAAGUGCCAGCGACCACCCCUCCGGUUACGGUGCGGAAUGGGCUCGUCCGCUGCCUGUUGGCCACUGGCUCGGAGGCUUUGGCGAAAUGUUGCACUUUACUUCUCGAUGUGCUUCCUGCCUGAUUGUUCCUCAUCUACUUUUAGUUUUGCUUUGCUUUUUUUUUUAAAUAAAGCGCAACAUGGUCCGGCUACUCUGAAAAGCAGCUAGCAGGCAGGAUUGGCGGUUCCGAGGAGCGAACAAGCGCCAUGGUCCAUUUGACUGACUGUCACCGGAACGGCUCUGGACCGGGAUAUGCGUCGCCAUGGUGAUCAUUUGUAAGAAGAGGUCCGAGAAGGGCGGCGACAAUGUAGCGUCGAAGAGCACACCGUUGGGCCCGUUCCAGGCGCAGACCAUGACCCAGGGGACCACUCUCUUCUCUCGUGAACUCUCAGAUACAAGGCAAUGGUGUGAGGCGGCUCAGGGCUGCGCCUCACCUCAGAGCCCGGUCGGCACCAGCCUGGAGAGUCUUUGGGACGUCCUGCCCGAGGUGCACCGGAGCACCGCCCACUGGGGUUGGGAUGUGGGCUCCGCAUCCAGCACCAUCAGCAGCCUCCUGCAGGACCUCAGCCUAACAGAGGCCACCGGAUCCUCACUGGUGGUGGCGCCUCCCAGCAAGCGUCAGUGCCGGUCUCUCUCCUGCUCAGAUGAACUUCACCGUUCCAGCUGGCGACCCCAGGGCUCCAGAGUGUGGACGGCCGUGGAGAAGAGGAGGUGCCACAGUGGCGGGAGCGUCCCCAGAAGCGGCAUCGCUCAGACGGGCCUCCCGGCCAUUCAGCGCAGCACUAGCUUCAGCCUUCCCGCAGCCCUGGCGCAGCCCCUCUUCCUCUCUCAUAAACAAAUCCCAGAGCCCGACGGGCCUUCGUUGGUCACCUCACGCGACUCCACCCCGGACCUGGACCACCAAGACGGUCCGGGGGACCUGGCCCGCAGCCGUUCACAGCCCUGCGUCCUCAACGACAAGAAGAUCGGGAUCAAGCGUAGGAGGCUGGAUGACGCACAAAGGCCCUCGCUGGAUCUGGCAAAGAUGACUCAGAAACUUCAGAACUUCGUCACGGUCCAGUCUGGACACAGCGAGCACUCGUCUUUCACUACCGACAACGCUUUGGACGACGUUACACCUGUGAGCAAGCACGAGCCGCCCGGCCUCACCCUCCGGGAGGCAGACCGGAUGAUCUCCACGUAUGGCAAAGAUAAGCCGGCCGUGUGGACGAGCUUUUGUAGCACUGGGAAGGAUGCCUAUCUGCUCGGAGGAGAGCUGGACAUUGAACAGAUCGAGAAGAAUUGAGACAGACUUGAAAGUCUUACGGACAAAUAAAGUUGUGCACUCGCUUUCCUUUUUGGAGGGAGUAGUCUUAAGAUGCCCCCACCCAGUAAGAGGGGGUUCCCCUUAUGUCUCAGGAGACAAGGCAAUCAGGAAGCGUCAAAUCUAGAGAUUAAAGACUAACAAGUAUCGCAAUGUCUUUUUUUUCCCCCGUAAACCUUCAGCGUACUUCAUUCAGAGAAUUUGCAGCAGGCUUGUACAAAUUCUGUGUCGGGGAAGUUGAACGACUGACUUGACAGACUUGAGAUGGACCAAUGGAAGCUACUUGGGGCGGUUUGGGGGCUUUUAACGACGCAAACCACGAUAAGAAAAUGGGGCUUUUCUCCAAGAUCGGCGCAUGAUAUCUUAUGAUGCUAAUAGCAUUAACAUUU